CUUUUUAGAUGCUCCGUCAGGUGCAGCGAGAUUAGAAGCCUCCGGUUACCCUUUUAUUCCACUGAAAGCAAACAGCUGUUGCACUCAGACAAUCGCCCACUGAUCAUUGAAACUUUUUUGCCAGAAAGCUAACAUUUUCAAUAAUUUUUGUCCAAUGCCUGGCUGACUACGCGUUUUUCGUACUCACCGAGAGCUAACAAAAAUUAUUAAAAAUAAGUACAAAAUAUCGCGUAUACCACGCGUUUUUUUAUUAAGUCGAUUUGCCAUUGAUUCAUUGAGCCCCCUGUCUGUGUGCCUUUGUGUGUGUGUGUCUGUGUGCCUGUGCGUACGUGAGUAUUGGUGAAUACAAUCAAUGGAGCACGGAGAAAAAAGGAAAAAAGCGGCCAAGCGACAUUGAUGCCAAUCGCCAGUGCAUUUGUUGUUGCUGUAUGCAUCGGACCAGAAUAUAAUGAAAAUAAAGCCAAAUAAAAUAUAAGCUAAAACGCCUUCAGUGGACUUCAGGCUGUAAAGAGAUAUCAAACGGACAGCACUCAACAUACACCAAAGGCACACAGAGAAGUCUCAAAUUAGACCGUGAAAGCCACAAAGCAAAUAGUUAGCAAAGCGUGCAAAAAGAAAAGUCGAGGAAAUUAUUAUAGGUGUGGGAGGGAUGAGGGAGGCAGCCACGUGCACACACAGUAGCAGGGCUAGAAUAGCUAGAAAAUUAUUAUUAUGAUAAUGAAUUAAAGUUGCCAUUAAUUUAGCCAAAACGGAACGGAACGCGAACGCGAACGAGGCCUGGGAAGCGGCCACGAACAGCUAGACGGUAGCAUAAUAACAAUAAAUAAUAAUUUGAAAUAGGCGAGCACCAGAAAGCAGAGGAAGACGACCACAAAGCACUGGCCAAGUGCAGCCUCCCAUUUCCAGAGGAGCAGCCAGCAAAGCAGCAAGAGUAAAAAAAAGUGGAAAAGGCAGCUCGAGCGCAUCGAGCGUGCAAAUUAAAAGCGCACCACAGUAGCCCCAGCUCCAUCUUCUCGACAUGGAAGUGGCCACAACAAACAAUCACAGUCAGAGCCAUCAUCAUCACAAUCAUCAUCAUCAUCUGCAGCCGACGGCGGCUGUCGGAGGAGCGGGGGGCUCCCGGUCCCCCUUCCAGAGGGAGGUGCGUGAAUGGCAACGCAUCGAUCCCAAUACCGGAGCCCUUUUCAGCGGACGCUUGGAGGCAGACCGCUGGAUAAACGGACCGCUGAACAGCUACGGCAAGAUAUCCGACUCCCAAAACAUCUCACAGCCGAAUGGCACACAGCACACGCAGCGCAAACAGUUGGAGGUGCUGAAGGCCCGCACCGCCAACGGCGCCAUGCAGGUGAUCCGCACCCAGACGGUGCAAAAGAGCUCGUCCUCGUGGUCCUCCUCCACAUCCACCACCACCACAUCCACCACCCACCACCACCACAACCACCGCACGAGUCAGAGUAAUGGCCACGAUCCACCUCCAAAGUCCACUAUCCUCCUAUCCCCCAUCAGCAGCCAGGGUGUUGACAUCUGCGAGCUUAGCGACGAUUGCAGUCUCAGUGGCAGCGAUGCUGGCAUUGUUCAUACUCCAUCCGCAUCCACAUCCGCGGCCACAUCCGCCUCUGCCUCCGCGUCCGCAUCCGCACUCAGCCAGGAGCUAAUCGACGAUCAUGUUGAUUUUGUUGUGAUUAAUGGCGAGGCGAGCGAUAAAGAGGACGCUGCCGACGAGCCUUUGCACAAAGGCUGCCACAAUUUGUUACCCGAUACGGCUCCCAGUCUGAAAUUAAGCAAUCUAAUGAAAAGCAGCUCGAGCAUUUCCAGCCAGAGCAGCAACAAUUCGAACCUAACAACUGCAGCGCAAGCGGCGAGCAACACCCACAGAAGUGCGGGCAAAAUAAGCCUACAUGCAAUUGUGGGACCAGAAUCAUCAUCAUCAUCAUCAUCGCCAGCAUCGUCAGCGGUUUGGGCCAAGCAGGCUGACUUAUAUGGCCAGCUACCAAGUGGCGUGGGCGGUUCUGGCGGAGCUGGUGGUGCUGGUGGUGCUGACGUAGCUGUUGCCCCGCCAACGCAGCGUCGUGAUUUGGAAAGUUUCCGGCAUUAUAACGAUGACGACGGCGACGACGACGAUCUGCGACUCACCGCUCGCCAUCAGCGUCGCCAGCAGGUGUCCCAGUCGGUCUACGCCCCUCCAUUGCCCUCGAUUGGAUCCACACUGCUCCAGCGCUCCCGCUCCAUUUCCACGGAUGAUCUCAGCAACGACUGGGAGCGAGAGGAUCCCGCCGAACAGCCGGUGGGUGAGUGGCGCAGGGUCAGCAAACUGCGUCGCUCCUUUCAGUCGCAGGAUCACUACAAGACUCCAGCAUCCUCCGUCCGACCACGACCCCUCGAUUUGCCGAGUAAUUCGGUGAGCGUGGCCCGGCUGCGGGCGGAACUGGAGAACGGACGUCGCCUGCACACGGCCAUGCGGAACAAUCACGUGGAUCUGGCCGCUCUGGACAACAUAUUGAACACGCCCUCGACCAAGUCCACUGUGGCAAAGAGGAACACCUUCCUCACCGCCGAAUCCCUGCAGGAGAUACGCGGCAAGCUGAAGAAGCUCUCGGACGAGAGUCUCUACAAAGAGGACUUCCUGGCCUAUCACCAAAAGAAGCCAGUGGUGGUGCGUGAGAUUAGCGUGGAGAAGAUAGAUCCCACACCGCCCACUCAAUCCACGCUCUCGGCCUUUCGACCCGUCCACAAUACCCACAGCUUGGAGUCACGCCAGCGGCAGAAGGACACCAGUUCCAGCGAGUGGCAUCUGCGGCGCAAGUCGUACGGCUUCGAGAAGAUGUCGCCGCCGGAGGAUAAGAGCAUCUUCCGGGUGGACGCCUCCACGGACAGUGGCCUAGGCCGUUCCGGUGAGCAACUGGGCAACUGGUCGCCCACCGAAAGGGAGCGGGAGAGGAACGAGAAGAAUGCCGCUGCGGCACAACAGCAGAAUGGCGUUGGCACAAUUGUGCAUUUUGGCCGUUCCGGGAAACCCCACAUCCCGUCCUCCAGCCCCACAGAGGGGGAGCUGAGUAAACGCCAUUCGAUUGCCGUGGAGGAAACCUGGCGUGAUGUGCGCAAAACCUCGCAGGUUCAUGUGAAUGGAGGCACUGCCGUUGCCAGCACCUCCUCCUCCCACACCACCACCACCAGCAGUCACCUGGGCAAAGGUAGCGCCCAGAAGCGUGUGGAGUUCUGCAAGACGGAGGUGCACUUUGCCGCCGAAUCGGGUCGCGUUAAUAUCGUGGAGACCGACGGCAAGCCGCCGCCAACGCAAAACUUUCGCCGACGCCGCCGCUCCAACACCACCACCACCACCACCACCAGUGGUCCGCUGCAGAGUCUGGUUAAGUCGGCCAGUGUCGUCGGCGGAGGAGGGAGCUCCAGCACCAGCAGCAGCAGCACUCCGAGCAGCGAGGUGACCCACUUUGGCGACGACUCACAGCGCCGCAAGACGAUAGCCACCAGCACAGUGGCCUACCGAGCCACGCUCAUGGAUCCGCCGGAGGUGGUUAGCCAGCCGAUUUCCAAUAGCAGCAGCAGCAGUCAAGUGACGGUGACCACGGUGGCCAAGCCGGUGCACGAACCACGAUACAGCCUGAUGGAGUCCACGUCGCGGAACAGCUACACCUCCACCAGUGGUGUGGACACCACGGACAACGAGACGGACGAGCUGUCUAACAUUCGGGGCAUCCUGAAGAACAAGCCUGUCAAGCCGAAGCCCUAUCACCUGGGCGAGAACAUAGAGAGUGCCGACGUCCUUUGGAGUGUUCCAGCGAUGAAGGCGGAUCGGGAGAGUCCUUCGGCAAGGGAUAGUGGAAUCACCAGUGAUUCACCCAUUAGUCCCAAGUCGGUGGCCGAAAGGAUUCGCAUCGUGGAGCAGCGCCAGCAGCAGCAGCAAUCCUCGCCAGCUGGCAAUGGGUACUCGACCAAGAUCAAUGUGAGCCUGGGAUCCGAGGAUUGGGCUGCUGAGUCAGGCACCGCAAUGCAUCACCAUGCCAGCUCGAAAUACCGCCAACUCCGACGACCCAGUGCCCAGGAGCUGUUGCUGGAGGAUCUGCGCCAGCAUCAGCGCAUCCUGGACGAGGGCCUGAAGUCCACGUCGCUGAUUAUGAGGACCAUGCGAUCGGCCAGUGAAUUCGAUGAGGCCAUGCGUCGCCUGAGCAUAGCUUCGAUUGAGUCCGCCUUGGUUCAGCCCACGAUAGUGGUUCCCACGCCCAUGCUGCGAUCGCACAGUUACCAGGAGGAGGGCUCCUACUCCUCCUCGCGCCGUCCCUCCACCAUAUCCACCACCUCCAUUACGAGCAGCGAUCUCUUUGGCAGCGCGUUGUACGAUUCCCUGCCCCGCACUCCGUUGGCUCCACCGCGUCUGAAACUCCUCGGAAACACCCAAAUCCCGGUGAGCCAACAGUUGACUCAACUGCGCCGGCUCUACGAUGCCGCCGAGCAGGAUCAGGAAGACAGUGCCGAUGAGGAGGUGAAGCGGUACUUCCGGGACAGCAACAGUGACAGUGGUGGAGGCACCCAGGCCAGUUCCUCACCGGAUCAGCAGCCAACAGAGACGUUCAGGGGCAGCGAGUACUCCAGCAGCUGGAGUCGCCUCAAGGCCAAGCGAACCAUCUGGAAGAUCGAGGCACAGGAUCAGAUGCUGAAGAGAGCAGACCUUCCCAAGUCGAAUGUGAUGAACAUAGCGCUCCAUGCUCCCCAAAUCGAGAAACCUAAGGCUACACCGCCCACUCUACGAAUCGGCCAACUGAUCCCAGUGGCCAAGCCAAGAACCCUCUUUAUUCAGCCGCAAAUCCAAGCGCAGACUAUCAUGGACAAUGCCGAUGAAUCCGGCAGCGAGUCCUUGAAGAUUGUGAAGGAGGCACGCGGUGCCCGCAAGUUGCGUGAGCACGAACUCUCCUACUUUGGAGUGCAGCAGAAGCAGCAACAGCAAACGAAGCUCUCCACAACGACCACGACCAAUCCCAGAAGGACACUGCCCAGUCGCAGCAAAGUGAGCCACAAUGAUGAGCUGAAGGCAAACACCACGACCACGACCAAGUGGCAACUGCUCAACGAUCGACCCGACCUGCUGAGGCACAGCAGUCCCCAACAUAACGACAACGACUACAACCACGACGAUGAUGAUGAUCUGGAUGAGGACGAGGAGCACUGUUACGAGAACAUUGCCACCGAACUGACCACCACCUUCAGGGUCAAGUCACCAGUCCACUCGCCGGAGAGAUCCCGAUCGCCGGGCAGCUAUGAGCGAAAGGCCGACCUGCAGAGGGACGCCCAGAUCCUAAGCGAAAUGACCCGCAACGCUGAUCAGACUUUGAAGGCUCUCUCCGACGAGGCAGCCAUCAAGGAUCAGCGGCGCAGAUCCUGUUCCCUGCAGCGGCGCAGCGCCAAACCAUUGGAGACCAUUGACGAGAAGGUGAAGGUGUACCCGCAAUCGAUGGGUGUGGCCCGCGGCACCUUCGCCUCCGAGGCGCGUCGCAACUCCAGGCAGUCGACUCCUUCGCCGACGCGGGCUCGCAGCUCGUCGCAGUCCUCCAUCGAGUGCUGUCCACGUGACCGUUCGCGCUCCAGUUCGCGGGAGUCCAUGACCCACGGCGGCGGCUCCUCCGACGACCAGGUGGCCACCAAGCAGCGCGCCGAGCGUCUGCGCUUGCGUACUCCGAAGAGGGAGAAGUCGCGCCACGAGCCAAUCGAAGUUCGAGUCCAUCGGACCAGCAGCAAGCCAAGGAGCAGUUCCAGUGCCACCGGCGCAGGAUCAUCUUCGCUGGAGUCCAAGCGCAGCUCCCAUCACAGUCGCCACAGCCGCGAGGUGGAUCAAUCCGCUGAGUCGAAGACCUCGUCUUCCAGUCGCUUGAUAAGAUCCUCCCGGGUGGCGGAUGAAAGUCGCUCCCGGCCGAGCAGCCAUCGGGAUCGGGAAAAGGAACGCGAUCGGGAACGCUCUCGUGGCAGCGAGAAACAUCGCGAUGAACUCACGCGCUCCAGGGGUCACUCCAGUCGCUCUAGGCACAGUGAGCACCCGUCGUCGGGAACCCGGGAGAGCAGUCGGCCAAGUAAGACGAGAUCGAGUCGCAGUAGCCAUGACUCGGCAACGAUACACAAAAAGUCGACCACGAGCACAACAGCCAGUUCGAAAGCAUCGAAAACCACAGCGCAUAAACCAUCUGCAUCUGCAUCAGCCAGCACCACCACAGCACCACCCACGCACCACCACGAACUGACGUACGUAUACGUAACGAAUUUAGCCCCUACCGAAACCAGCGAGGAGUCACCCGGACAGCAUAGUGCCGAAUACGCCGCAGAGCCCGCCAAAGAGGCGGACUACGCGAGCAUUGAUGAGGUGGAGUCGGUGACGAAAGCACCGCAGCCACCACAGCCACCACAGCCACCGCCGCGCAGCAAACGAAAGAGAUCCCUGAUCCCAGUGCCAGUGAAUCCGCCCGCCAGCUAUGAGUACCGCACCAAGCUGCAGAUGAUACCGCCCAGCUACUCGAAUCAGUCCACCCUGCGGUGUCGCAGUGUGGCCCGCAAGAAACCCGCCCUGAAGGCCACCCAAUCGACCAGCUCCAGCUUCGCCUUUCUGCCCUACUUGCCGGCCAAGCGGAACUCCAGUGUUAGCCAUGUCUACGACAACUAUCUGCUCUAUGCCACCAGCGAAGAGCUGGGCAAGGCGGACAAAGCGGACAAGCUGCGUCCUUACCAAAACAAUCUGAGCAAUGAGCAUGCGCAGCUUUUUGGUGCUUCAGCGGCGGGGGCGUUGCCUCGCGAGGGGCGUGGCCGGCUGGGCGGCUGGCCAAAGAGGCUGAAAAUGCGGCAAGUGCGCAGCAGUGUGUCCACACACCAGCCGUUCGGCAUCUGCACAUGUUCAUAGUUAGCGCGGGACAGAACUAAGAACUAAGACCACAAGACACCAAAAAUAUAAAUAUAAAUUAAAUACAUAUUUUUUGGCUGACAGGAUCUCGUCACAAAAAUCACACAAGCACACCCAAAUAAUUCCAAAUGCACGAUUACGUUUGAUAUCCCACAGCCGGGCAAAAAGUGAACUGCAUUUUCCUAACCACCACCCAAAAACCACCCAAAAACCACCCAACCACUGUGUUCCCCAUACUAAUACUAAAUCCCCAAAAAUAAUAUUCGAGUGCGAGAGAGACUUUCGUUGUUAAUUUUGAUUAUUAUUUAUUUUGGAGCGCACACACAAUCAAAAACUCGGCCAAUGCACACAAGCACAAAAAGAAACAAGGGCCUGUCUGGGUUCUGUUUUUACUUUUCACAGCACACGGUAAAAGCACACUGAAUGGACACCAGCACCAUCAGCAUCAUCAGCACCAGCACAGCAGCAGCGGCAAGCAUCAGGGA